AUGGCAAGGCCCAUACCAAACUUACAUGACAUAUCCAGGUUAAACGAAGAAAUUAAGCCAAAGGACUCUAAAACAGUUUUAGACUUAGUUAUCGACAAUGUAAGAAGUAAGUCUUCUAAAGAUUUGGUCUUCGGAACUUUAACGGGAUGGAUGACAGGCAUAAUGGUCGUCAAAGUGGGGAAAGUGGCUGCUUUUGGGCUAGGCGGGAGUGUGUUGCUCCUGCAUAUAGCCUGCGAGUACGGGUAUAUAUGUGUUAACUGGGAACGCGUCAGAGAGUCUGCUGGUUCGAGUCACGUGUGGUUGGAGAAGCUGAUAAAAUUCGUUAAGAAGAACAGUUGUUUCUCUGUUGGGAUGCUCGGCGGAUUCUUCUUCGGCGUCGCGUCUACUUAA